UAUGAAUCACCUGCCAAGAAAAAGAGGGGUUUGGACACGUAUCAAGCAUUCGUACCAGAAGAGCAAGAGUUCCUGAAAGCCUAUGAAAAUAUGGAAUUCAGGAUCCGAAAUGUUCUGAACACUACGUACAAGAAGCUGACCAGCUCUCUGUCCCAGGAUAUGUCGGAUGAGAUUAAAUAUCUCAAGAACCGCCUCCUCACCUUGAAAGAAAAGUCUUCUCUGGACCUCAUUUACAUUGGGCUCGUUGGCAGCACCGGGGCUGGGAAGAGCUCGCUGUUCAAUGCCAUCAUCGAGCAGCAGUUCUUCCUGCCAGUGUUGGGGAACGAAGCCUGCACCUCGUGCAUGGUGCAAGUCAGCAGCAGCUGGACCAAAAACUAUGAGGCAAAAAUUCACCUUCUCUCACUACAGGAAUGGAAGGAGGAAAUGAAGAAUCUGGUGGAGUUUGUGCGGAAACCCGGGGUGGAGGAAGAAGAAGAGGAGGAGGAAGGGGAGGGCGAAGAUGUUGUAGGUGAAGCUGUCCAAAAGCUUCGAGCACUCUAUGGGAGACAUGCUGAAACCAGACCUUAUGAAGACCUGUUGAGGGCAAAGCCACUAGUAAAUAUUCCUGCCUCAAAAUGUAUUCUCCUCAAGGGAGUGCAGGCAAAAGAACUCUCUGACAAACUGGACCCUUAUGUGCGUUGUCAAAGUGACAAGGAUGAGGAGGAGCCAGCACAAGCGGAAGAGGAAGCCAAGAUGCGACUCUGGCCACUAAUCAAAUACGUGGAAGUGACUAUUCCGAAGUCCGACGUGAUUCCGGAAGGUGUCGUGUUUAUGGAUAUUCCCGGGACAGGAGAUUACAACAGCAAAAGGGACGAAAUGUGGAAAGAGAGCAUCCAUAAAUGUUCAGUCAUCUGGGUUAUCAGCGACAUUGAACGAGUUGUGGGGGACAAAGUCCAUGAAGUGCUGCUGACAGAGAGCAUCAAAGCUUACCAAGGCGGGAUGUGCAGUGACAUCGCUCUGGUGGUCACCAAGUCUGAUAAGCUGCAUCUGAAGGAAUACCUGAGGGAAAGAAAAGAAAAACACAAACCUAUAGAAACCAAACACGAUGCCAUUUUAGAGAGGAACGCAUCCAUGAACAAAAAGAAAAGCAAUGGAAUGAAGACAAAGCUAAAGAAAAUACUGCCAAGUGACUCAGAAAUUCUGAACAAGGCUGAUCUUGUUUAUACGGUCAGUGCUAAAGAAUACUGGAGGGAGAAGUUUCUCACUAAGGAAGAGACAGAGAUCCCCAAGCUGAGAAAGUACGUCAGGAAUAUCUAUCUGAAAGAGAAGAAGAAGCUCCUAGUGGAUUAUAUAACCAAGGCUCUCAGCAUUGUCCUGCUGGCUGAGAAUUUCAACUCCACACGAGACUUGGUGGAUCACUAUCAGCAGAGCGGCUUGGAAGGCUUUGUGGAAGACAAGAUCAAGGCUUUGGAGAAGGAGAUUGAGAAAUAUUUUGCCCAGCUGGAACAGCCCCUUAACGAAGGCGUGAAGCAAGCAAAAUUAUCUCAUCAAAAAGCAUUCUCUCGGCUCCUUACAUGAGACUCUGGCUACAGAGGCUUCCACAAGACCCUGAAAGCCGUGUGCCAGAAGAAUGGUGUAUAUGCGUCCCGGGUCUUCGCCCGCAUAGACCUAAAUGUUGCCCUCGCUCAGCCCAUCUAUGACAAAAUCAACCCCAUGUUCGCAAACAUAUUCAGGAUCCAAAAGGGAACCAGAGCCUUGCUGAAACCCUGCUUUGAUAUGUUCAAAGACUCGGUGCAAGAGAAAAUCCGCGAGGUUGGGAAGAAGAGCCCAGUGACCAGUGACCACUGCAAGCUCAAUUUCUUCAUUGAGGAAACAAACAUCAUCCUGAGGACCCUGGAAAGAGAGAUCCUUAAGAAGAAGAUGGCUGUCUACGAGUCCCUUCUGCUGUCCAUCCAGAGUGACCUAAAGCCUUACUAUGAAGAGGCGGCUAAGAUCCAGGGGUCACGAUCCUGCCAGAGGAUGCAAAAUACCCUCAAGGAGAACAUUGAGAAAAAGGCGGAGUGUGGAAUGUUUGAGGCGGCAAAGGAGAAGAUGAAGAUGCAGCUCCAGGAACUGAAGGACUCUGUCGUGACAAAGCUGCAGACAGACAUUUCCACCAUGCUCAAACUCGCCUUGUCUCACCAGGAAAAACUCACCGAGAAGCUGCCAGACUUACAGGCUGAAUACCAAGAAAUUGAAUGGACUCACAAAAUGCUGCAAAGAAUGUGACGUUCUU